AUGCUUGAAGAACCAGGUCACGUUGUUUCACCGGCCGUUGAGAUUUCGGGAUCGAAUUCCCGGUUUUCGGCGAUGAAAGCGGAUGAACAAUUAAUUGCCCGAAGAGUUUAUAUACUGAUACCUUUAUCCAGGGUUCGCAGUAAGGUCACGGAAUCGGAGUUGGCAGUAGUUAAGGCUGCCGCCGGUGAUAAAAAGAAAGCAAAACGACAUAGUUCUAAGGUUCUGCCGGUAGUGACUGAAAGUUUCGAUGAGGAAAUUGUUACGCCGAUUCCCAAUCACCGGCUAAGACCAUGGAAGCCUUCUCUGGAACCAAUUUCAGAGGGAAUUUGA